CUAGUCCCGCCCCUUUCUGACGUAUCCUUGAUGUACCUGUCAGUCGAGCCACACGGUGCGGAGGAGGUGUGAGGGGGACAACAGGGAGAUGACGGGACAGGACGAUGUGGACAUACCCGAAACAGGAGCCAUCUUCACAUUUGGAAAGAGCAGUUUUGCAGACAACGUGCCUAGUAAAUUCUGGUUGAGGAAUGACCAGCCAGUGCACCUGUCUUGUGGCAGGGAGCACACUGCUGUCACCACAGAACAUGGCAGGCUGCUCAUGUUUGGUGGUAAUACUUGGGGCCAACUGGGGCUUGGAUUUAAGCCUGCUGCCAGCAAACCUGUCUCUGUGAAAGCCUUAAAGUCUGAGAAGAUGAAGCUUGUGGCUUGUGGGAGAGAUCACACAAUUGUCUGCACAUGGCGGGAUAGUGUGUACGGUGCCGGCAGUAACCAGGAGGGGCAGCUCGGUUUGGGCCACUGCGACAACACUACAUCCUUUCACCUGCUGAAACCCUUCUGUGACCAUGCACCAAUCAAAAGCCUUUCUGCAGGAUGCAACACCUCAGCUGCCUUAACAGAGGACGGGAAGCUGUUCAUGUGGGGAGACAACUCGGUGGGUCAAAUUGGUUUCGGCGAUGAGGCUUUUGCAGCAGAACCCAGAGAGGUGGAUGUUGGGGAGGUGGUGAUCUGGGUCUCCUGUGGGUACCACCACUCAGCAUUUGUCACAGCGAAUGGAGAUCUGUACACGUUUGGCGAGAGUGUGAAUGGAAGGCUUGGUCUCCAGGUGGAGCAGCUGGCCAAUCACAGAGUUCCUCAGCGGGUGCAAGGGAUUCUGGGUCGUGUCAUCCAGGUGUCCUGUGGAGGCGAGCACACUGUGGCAUUCACAGAGGAGAACGUGUACACGUUUGGCAGAGGACAGUACGGUCAGCUGGGCCACGGGACAUUUUUGUUUAAAGUUGAUUUGCCAAAACCAAUGGAGCACUUUUGUAACAGCAGCAUCAAACAUGUCUCCUGUGGAGAAAACCACACCGCUGUGAUCACAAACAGCGGGCGUCUCUACACGUUUGGUGAUGAUCGUCAUGGGAAACUGGGUUUAGGGGAGGAGAACUUCAUCAACCAGUUCAGCCCGACACUCUGCACACGUUUUCUGAAGUACAAUGUUCAAUUAGUGUCCUGCGGUGGAAACCACAUGCUGGUACUGGCUGCACCCAGACCACCAGAGAGUCAACAAGUGCCAGAAGAGAAUGUCACAAUCACAGAGAAAUAUUUGGAUCCAAGUUACACAAAAUUCCUCCUGCUGGACACUUUGAUUGAUCCAAAUCCACUCGUCCCACUCUCAGCGCUGUCUGCUCGAGCCCGCCACAGAGAAGGAAACUCUGUGGAGCUGUUUGGGGAGAUGUUUCACAAACUCCCACGUCUAAAUUCUGGCUUCCUCAACACCUCCUGGCAAACGUCCAGAAAUAUCCCAACCCCUAAGAUGCUCGCAAAGGACUUUACUACUCCUUUAUCAUCCCCAAAACAUCAAUCAGAAGUAACACUAAGCCCGCCACUCUCCCCCAGAUCUCCAGUGUUAUCUUCUAAACCAUCAAGCCCACAUUCUCAGCCAUCAAACCCCUCUCAGAAUAAAUCCUCUGCUUCCUCUAGGUCUAAAUCCAAAGAGUUGCCUUCUCCCUUACUGUCACCAGAGUCUAUAACUAAACAUAACAAAUCAGUAUCUCAUAAAAGGAUUGCAAAAAAAAAAAUGUGUACAGUGGCAACUGCUAACAAGGCCUCAGUUGAAGAAUCUCCUGGACCACCUAAAGAGCCCUGCAGCCCCACCAGACCCAGUGAGGCAGAGCAUCCUGCCUCACAGCAAACAGAGGGAGAAACUGUUCAGAGACAAAUUGUCAUAGAAGAUGUGGAAGAGGAUAUCUCAGAGAAAGGAGUCGACUCUGACUUUUUGCCAAACUUGGAAAAGAAGAAAGGCAGAGCUCUUAGAAGAACUACAGAAGAGGCAGCCACACAACUCCAGUUCAAUGAGAGGGCAGAACAAAAUCCUCUGAAGGCCUCACCCACAGAUAUCCUGAAGGGCUCUUUAAAGAAAGAAGUGUCUCCACUGAAGAGGCUAAAAAGCACAUCGAAAAAAGUCACAUCUAAAGGUAAAGAGAACAUCACAAAGCAGUCCAUUAAAAUCAAAACUCAUGAAGCUCAAAAGGAACCCUCCCAUUUUAAAUCACCGAAACUAUUGGCAUCGAGUCCAAAAACUCAACAAUCUGUCCGGAAGUCACUGACUGAAGCACAUCCGACGCUGACUGAGGGGAAUGAAAAUGGAAGGGGAAAUAGAAAUGUGAAAGAAAGUAAUAUAAACAAAGAGGAAGCUAGCACUUUUAAGAAAAAUGUGAUAGAGACACCAAAAAAGGAAGAAAACAAAUCAUCUGUUUUUGGCAAGACAACCCCUGUUAUUAAGGUCACAGCAGGAAAUGAAACAACCAGCAUAACUGUCCAAAGUGGAAGUUUGUCAUCCAUAGAGAAUUAUGCCGAAAUCCAGAGUGAAACCAUUGACGUCAAUCCUGGUGAAGUGGAGAAGCAACGGGAGACACAGCGAGUCGAAUCGACUCCAACAAAAGAUUUGCUGAAAGUUAAAUCUGCACAGAGAAAAGGUCAAAAUAAAGCAUUCAAUUUAAAAUCACCACCAGUGAAAAAAGAGCCCACGCCUGUCUCCACACCUGCUCAGGUCGAUACUAGGAAGUCCCAGAUUGUGAAAUCUAGACCUGUGAAAAUGAAAGAGAAUUCACAAGAGGUCAAAUCCACACCAGUAAAAAAUCUAAGUAAAUGUGCAGAAAAUAUUCCAGUUAAAACUAAAAGCAAAGGAAAAGUUGUGGAAGAUGAAUUAAACACAGCUCAAAAAACUAAAACUAGAAUUACAGGUAAACAGAAGAUACCUGAAGGUGACAGCGCUAAAGUAAAGGACAAAAACAAGGCAAAACCAAGUGGAGAAGAAGGAGAUGAAAUCACAGUGAAAGGAGAAGCUGACUCUAAAGGUAUUACGAAGGCUAAGCCAAGUAAUAUGCAUACUGAAGCAUCCAGCCCGCUGUUAUCACAGCAGGAUACACCUAUUGAAGUGCUAUUCAACCCCAUUCCCUCACAAAGCACUCAGAGAACAGAGGUGAUUUCCGUCAGCGGUGCCAAAUCCCUGCAGGGCCCAGAACCUGUUGAUAAGGAGCUGCUGGUUUCUGGAACACACACAGAUGAUACUCAGAGUCUGACUGAAGAAAAGCCAAGGUGGGGGGAGAUCCUUAAUAACGCAGCCUCUCUUCUUCUUCCUGUUGGUAUAGCAGGUGCGGCUAUGGGGGUCCUUAGUGAGGCAAGCGUAGGGGGUUUCCAGACUGACACAGUUUCCUCUACAACACCCAGCAGAGUAAAGCAAUUCACAAAGCAGAGUGCAGUUAUGCAACCUUCCUUUUCCUCGACAAUGUCACAUUUUUCUUCAACAGAAGCCUCAAAUCCACCAGAAGAUAUCACAGAGAAAGAUGUUCAGGUCAAGAAGAAUGUAGUUCAAGGAGAAAGUAUUGAUACCACUCUGUCACAACAGGGGGUAGUGGAAAGUGACGGGGGUGAAGACUUUUCACAAACAGAGGGGAAGCACAGUGGCACAGACAAGCAAAUAUCUCAGCAUGAACAUGAAGAAGAGGAGAAGACCUACAAGGAUCAUGAGGGAGACGAUGCUGAGGAUGAGGGGGAAAAGGAAGAUGAAGAGAGUGGAAGCGAAAUGGAAGACAAAGAAGAAGAUGAGGAAGUAAGUCAAAGUAGCCUGAGUGUUUGUGAUGAGGGUGAGGAAGAGCAUGAUAAUGAAACUGCAGAGGAAGAUGGUGAGGAGGAAACGGGCUCCAGCAGCGAAGAAGAGGAUGAAGGAAGUGAUAAAAGUGAUGUCACGGAGGCUGAAGAGGAGGAAGAAGAAAGCAGUGAGGCAGCAGAGAGUAAAGUGAGUGAAGAUGAGAGUGGUGAAGAGUCAGGGAGCAAAGACGACGAAGAGGAAGACAAUGAGGUUGGUGCAGAGGAAGAGGGUGAAACUGAGGAACAAAAAGAUUCCACUGAAAGUGAGGAUGAGGAGAAAGACUCAGAAGAAGAUGAAGAUACAGGUAAUAGUGAAGGGGAGGAAGAUGAGAAACAGGAUGAAGCGAGUGUUGAAAAUGUUGAGGAGGAAGAAGAAGACAAGGAGGAGGAAGAAGAACAGAGUAAGGAGGAGGUUUCAGAGGAGGAGGAAGAAGAGGGUGAGGAGGAAGAAGAAGAGAGUAAGGAGGAGGUUUCAGAGGAGGAGGAAGAAGAGGGUGAGGAGGAAGAAGAAGAGAGUAAGGAGGAGGUUUCAGAGAAGGAGGAAGAAGAGGGUGAGGAGGAAGAAGACGAGAGUAAGAAGGAGGUUUCAGAGGAGGAGGAAGAAGAGGGUGAGGAGGAAGAAGAAGAGAGUAAGGAGGAGGUUUCAGAGGAGGAGGAAGAAGAGGGUGAGGAGGAAGAACAGAGUCGGGAGGAGGUUAAAGAGAAGAAGGAAGAAGAUGAGGGUGAGGAGGAGGAGGAGGAAGAACAGAGCAAGGAGGAAGUUUCAGAAAAGGAGGAAGAAGAGGGUGAGGAGGAGGUUACAGAGGAGAAAGAAGAAGAGUGUGAGGAGGAGGAAGAACAGAGUAAGGAGGAGGUUUCAGAGAAGGGGGAAGAAGAGGGUGAGGAGGAGGUUACAGAGGAGAAAGAAGAAGAGGGUGAGGAGGAAGAAGAAGAGAUUAAGGAGGAGGUUUCAGAGAAGGAAGAAGAGGGUGAGGAGGAGGAAGAACAGAGUAAGGAGGAGGUUUCAGAGGAGGAGGAAGAAGAGGGUGAGGAGGAGGAGGAAGAGCAGAGUAAGGAGGAGGUUUCAGAGAAGGAGGAAGAAGAGGGGGAGGGGGAGGUUACAGAGGAGGAAGAAGAAGAGGGUGAGGAGGAGGAAGAACAGAGUAAGGAGGAGGUUUCAGAGAAGGAGGAAGAAGAGGGGGAGGGGGAGGUUACAGAGGAGGAAGAAGAAGAGGGUGAGGAGGAGGAAGAACAGAGUAAGGAGGAGGUUUCAGAGGAGGAGGAAGAAGAGGGUGAGGAGGAAGAAGAGAUUAAGGAGGAGGUUUCAGAGAAGGAUGAAGAAGAGGGUGAGGAGGAGGAGGAAGAAAAAGAGAGUAAGGAGGAGGGUGAGGAGAAGGAUGAAGAAGAGGGUGAGGAGGAGGAAGAAGAAGAGAGUAAGGAGGAGGGUGAGGAGAAGGAAGAAGAAGAGGGUGAGGAGGAGGAAGAAGAAGAGAGUAAGGAGGAGGGUUCAGAGAAGGAAGAAGAAGAGGGUGAGGAGGAGAUUUCAGAUGAGGAGGAAGAAGAGGAAGAAAGUAAAUUUGAGGAGGAGGAAAAGAUUAAGAGAAAAGAGAAAAGUAUUGAGAUUAAUAAAAAGGUCAUGGUAGAGAGUGAUGACGAGGAGGAGGAAGGGGAUGAGGAAGAAGAAGAGAAGAUUAUACCAAAAACAGAGAGAAGACUGAUCAAUCAGAAACAACCUGAAGGAAAGAAAGGUAGUGACUCUAAGGAAAAUGAAGAUGAGGGUGAGGAUAGUGAUGAAGAAGGUGAAGAAGGUGAAGAAGAAGAAGAAGAAGAAGAAGAAGAAGAAGAAGAAGAAGAAGAAGAGAAGAUUAUACCAAAAACAGAGAGAAGACUGAUCAAUCAGAAACAACCUGAAGGAAAGAAAGGUAGUGACUCUAAGGAAAAUGAAGAUGAGGGUGAGGAUAGUGAUGAAGAAAGUGAAGAAGAAGAAGAAGAAGAAGAAGAGGGGGAUAGUGAGGAAAAAGGAAAGGCUGCAAACGUCCUACAUAGUGAGAAACAUGCUAAAGAGAAGGCAGAUGAGAAAGAAAAAAAGGGAAAUAUAAAUGUGGAAGAGGAAGAAGAGGAGGAAGAAGAAGUCAAAUCAUCAAAAACAAAAACUAUAGAGAAGUUGCCUCCUGACUGGAAAGACAAACAACAGAAAGAAACUCCCAAACCAGCACUGAGGAAGACGAAGCAGAGCGCUGCAGGAGACAGAAAACAAGACGACUCUCAGCAGUUCUGGAACGACGUUCUGCCUCAGUACCUCGACCUGCAAUGAAGUUAUCAACGAGUGUUUAACUGGAAGGACUCUGCACCACAAGUGUCGUGCAGUACAGUAACAGCUGCUCGGGUGAGACUCAACCAAUGUGUCAGCUUUCACUAUAUAUUUAUAUUGUCAACAAAUCCCAUUAAAAAGACCAAA